AUGGGUCGAGUAGAGGGUGUAACUAACGAAAUAUGCGGAGAAGACCGGGAUGGAGGUUCGAUACCUAAAAGUAUCGAUUGCAUACGUAUAUGUGACGUCAACAUAACUUCGUCUGCUCACGAGGAUGCUAUAUACAGUGUAAAAUUCUCGCCUAUUGGAAACGUUUUAGUAACGGGAUCUCUCGAUACGCAAGUUAAGAUAUGGGAUGCUGAGACGGGCGAACUUAAACACGAAUUGGACGACCAUUCAUUGGGUAUUUUGUCUGUCGAUGUUCAUCCAGAUGGAGAUUUGGCUGCUUCGACAUCUAUUGAUUCUACAAUUAGGAUCUGGGACUUGAGCGAUGGUUCAUUGAAAAUAUGGACUGGCCAAUAUUCCCCGGAUGGAAAGUAUUAUGUUACAGCCAAUCCUUUUGGAAAAGUCUCGCUCAGGAAGACUGAAGACUAUGAAGUGUAUACUGAAUACGACACCAAGGAAACCGAGAACAGGAAAAACUUCCCAAUGUGCCUUCGUUUUAGUCCUAAUGGCAAAUAUAUUGCUGUUAGCACCGAGAAUGCUCUAAUACAUGUGCUUGAUACGGAAACUGGCAAAAAGGUUCACGAGUUUACAGGUCAUGCAGGCUGUAUACGAUCGGUCGAUUUCUCGAAUGACUCUUCCUUGCUAAUCUCUGGAUCUGACGAUAAGACAAUGAACAUUUACGAUGUUAAUCAGGGAAAUAGAAUAGCAAAGUUAAAGCAUGAAGAUUGGGUUGUCUCCGUCGCUGCGUCUCAUAAAGAAUCCGGAUUUGUAGCGACUGGGGGUUGCGAGGGUCACAUUAAACUAUGGGACUUGGGGGCUCGCGCAUCUGUUUGCACGCUCGCGAAUGAUAAUGAAGAGCCGGUUUGGAGCAUAUCCUGGAAUGCUGAAGGAAAUACAUUUGUUGCUGGAUUUGAUGACGGGUCACUAAGGGGAUGGUGUUCUGCUUAA